AUGGAGCAAGUCCUGCUAAUUUGCAAGGGCUUCAUCGCGCUGCCCGAGGGCACACAGCCGGGAAGGCCCCGGGCCCCGGAAGCCCCGCCCCGCCGCGGUUCCCGCCGCCGGCGGCGGAAGAAAGACUUUACAGCCUCCACUCUGCUUUUGUGUACAGCGGAUGGGCAGGGCCUGGAAAGAGCGCUCUCGGCAUUGACCCCCGAAACCGAAGUGCCGGUGGUGUUUGUGAAACGGAGAGAGAUAGGCGGCCAUGAUCAGACCUUGAAGGCUUAUCAGGAGGGCAGACUUCAAACACUGUUAACCAUGAAUGGCUCUGAGGAUUUUCCUGAGUCCUACGACUAUGACCUUAUCAUCAUUGGCGGUGGCUCAGGAGGACUGGCAGCUGCUAAGGAGGCAGCCAAGUAUGGCAAGAAAGUGAUGGUCCUGGAUUUUGUCACUCCAACACCACUUGGAACUAGAUGGGGUCUUGGAGGAACAUGUGUGAAUGUGGGUUGCAUUCCUAAAAAAUUGAUGCACCAGGCAGCUUUGUUAGGACAAGCCCUGCAGGACUCUCGCAACUAUGGAUGGAAAGUCGAGGAGACAGUUAAACAUGACUGGGACAGAAUGACAGAAGCUGUACAGAAUCACAUCGGCUCACUGAACUGGGGCUACCGGGUAGCUCUGAGGGAGAAAAAGGUCACCUAUGAGAAUGCUUAUGGGCAGUUUAUUGGUCCUCAUAGGAUUAAGGCAACCAAUAAUAAAGGCAAGGAAAAAAUUUACUCAGCAGAGAGAUUUCUUAUUGCCACUGGUGAAAGGCCACGCUACUUAGGCAUCCCUGGGGAUCAAGAAUACUGCAUUAGCAGUGAUGAUCUUUUCUCCUUACCUUACUCCCCGGGUAAGACCCUGGUGGUUGGAGCAUCCUAUGUUGCUUUGGAAUGUGCUGGAUUUCUUGCUGGUAUUGGUUUGGAUGUCACUGUUAUGGUGCGGUCCAUUCUCCUUAGAGGAUUUGACCAGGACAUGGCCAACAAAAUUGGUGAACACAUGGAAGAACAUGGUAUCAAGUUUAUAAGACAAUUUGUACCAAUAAAAGUUGAGCAAAUUGAAGCAGGGACACCAGGCCGACUCAAGGUGAUAGCGCAGUCCACCAAUACUGAGGAAACCAUUGAAGGAGAGUAUAAUACGGUAUUGCUGGCAAUAGGAAGAGAUGCAUGCACAAGGAAAAUUGGUUUAGAAACUGUGGGAGUGAAGAUAAAUGAAAAGACUGGAAAAAUACCUGUCACUGAUGAGGAACAGACCAACGUGCCUUACGUCUAUGCCAUUGGUGAUGUUUUGGAGGGUAAGCUGGAGCUCACCCCAGUAGCAAUCCAAGCAGGAAGAUUACUGGCUCAGCGGCUUUAUGCCGGCUCCAAAGUCAAGUGUGACUAUGAAAAUGUUCCAACAACUGUCUUUACUCCUUUGGAAUAUGGUGUUUGUGGCCUUUCUGAAGAGAAAGCUGUGGAGAAAUUUGGGGAAGAAAAUAUUGAGGUUUACCAUAGUUAUUUCUGGCCGUUGGAGUGGACAAUUCCAUCCAGAGAUAACAACAAAUGUUAUGCAAAAAUAAUUUGUAACGUCAAGGACAAUGAACGUGUAGUGGGCUUCCAUGUUCUGGGUCCAAAUGCUGGAGAAGUUACCCAGGGCUUUGCAGCUGCCCUGAAGUGUGGGCUGACCAAAAAGCAGCUGGACAGCACAAUAGGAAUCCACCCCGUCUGUGCAGAGGUGUUCACAACACUGUCGGUGACCAAACGCUCCGGGGGAAGCAUCCUCCAGGCUGGCUGCUGAGGUUAAGCCCCGGUGUGGGUGCUGCUGCCGAGUCGCCACCACUGAUUGGUUCCUCGCCCAAAUCCAGGGCAGCGCUUUCAGGAAGGUCCUCGGGCUCUUGGCACCUGUGUG